AUGGGUGUCGGGCGUCGCAUGCGAAAACAGGGCCCUCCGGCUUCCCUCGAGGAAUUAGGGAUCAAAUUGAAGCGGAAGGCCGGCGCCGACGAGCCAAAGCAGCCUGCAAGAAAACGAAGGAAGUCGGACGAGAAACAGAAGGGGAAUGCUCCGAAGAAACUGGUCAAUCUUGAUCGUACGUUGCGAGACGAGAGUGCCACUGUCGCAAAGAAACCAAAAGGAAAGAAGAAGAUCGUGAACAACGAUGCUCAAAUAACAGUCCCUCCGCCCUUUCCUAUUGCCUCCGAACCCGUUGACGGAGAAUAUGGCGAUGAAGAGGAUGAAGGCCAAGAGAGUGAGGCGGGCGUCGCAGGGGUUCCUUUGAACGAGGCGUCGCUGUCUGAUUUAGACGACGAAGACGAUGAGCUAGACGAAGCAGAUCUCGACGGAGAACCCUCUGACGACUCCGUCUUCGACUCUGACCCGGAUGAAGCCCCACGUCGCAUGUUCUCCGACGAUGAAGACGAAUCGGACGCCGAAGCCAAAUUGACCGCCGCGAACAUCGAAGGCCUGUCGAGAAAACUGGACCAGCAGCAGGCACAAGUCGAUGCAGAAGCACAGGAAGAGUUGGAGGAUGCCAUCCAGACGAACAUUGCCACGGACGAGGGUGUGCUGGAUUCGGUGACUGCACAGGGUCUCGCUCCAGACCUGGGUAUGAUUCGGACGAGGAUGACAGAGACAAUCCGUAUCCUAGGCAACUUCUCUCAGCUGGCAGACAAGAACAAGUCGAGGACAGAUUACACUGAGCAGCUGCUCUCCGACAUCUGCACAUACUACGGCUACACCCGGUACCUCGCUGAAAAGCUAUUCAACCUUUUCACGCCCGCGGAGGCGUUCGCUUUCUUCGAAGCCAACGAGACGCCUCGACCCGUCGUCCUCCGCACAAACACCCUCCGAACCAACCGCCGGACCCUGGCCCAAGCCUUGAUCAACCGCGGCGUGGUGCUCGAACCCGUAGGAAAAUGGUCAAAAGUAGGCCUUCAAGUAUUCGAGGCGCCCGUCCCGUUGGGCGCGACGCCUGAAUACCUCGCCGGACACUAUAUCUUACAAGCCGCGUCUUCCUUCCUCCCCGUCAUGGCGCUGGCGCCCCAGCCCAACGAGCGCAUCCUUGAUAUGGCUGCCGCUCCGGGCGGCAAGACCACAUACAUCUCUGCGCUCAUGCGGAACACGGGCGCCGUCUUCGCCAACGACGCAAACCGCCAGCGGGCCAAGGGUCUCAUCGGCAACAUCCACCGCCUCGGGUGCAAGAACACAAUCAUCUGCAACUACGACGCACAGAAGGCAUUUCCCAAAAUCCUGGGAGGCUUUGACCGAGUCCUGCUCGAUGCUCCCUGCUCCGGCACGGGCGUCAUUGGGAAGGACCCUAGCGUCAAGACGUCCAAGAACGAGCGCGACUUUCUCGCUCUCCCGCAUAUGCAGAAACAACUUCUCCUCGCCGCGAUCGACUCGACUGACCACACCAGCAAGACCGGCGGCUACAUCGUCUACUCGACCUGUUCCGUCACGGUGGAAGAAAACGAAGGCGUCGUCCAGUACGUUCUGCGCAAACGACCGAACGUCAAGAUUGUCGACACCGGACUCGGGACUUUCGGGUCCGAAGGGUUCAAGAGCUACAUGAACAAGAAGUUCGACGACAAGAUGGUUCUCACGCGGCGGUACUUCCCGCACAAGGAGAACGUCGAUGGCUUCUUUGUGUGUAAACUGAAGAAGACGGGGCCGACGCCCAAGAGCACCGGGCAGUCGGCUGGGAGGACCGAUGCCGAGCAGCAAACGGCUGUACUCAACGGCGACGCGAAGAGCAUUCUCAAUGGCGUUGGUGGCAACGACGAGGAGCAGCCGACGCCGGGUGAUGACUUUGGCGGCUUCGACGACGAGAAAGAUAAAGAGCACAUUGAAAGGGCGGAGAAGAAGUGGUUGAAGUCACGGGGCAUCGAUCCCAGAGUUGCUGAUCGUAAGAAAGCAGAGCAGGGCCAGGGGAACAAGAAGAAAGGGAAGUCCAGUGACGCGUCAAGGACUAAAGAUGUCAACGGAAAGGUCAACCAUAAUGGGGAGAAACAAAACGGCGCAAAGGUGAACGGCGUAUCAGAAAAGCAAAACAGCAAGAAAGUGAAGGCAAAGGGAAAGGAGUAG